AUGGAAGAGGUUGACGAUUUGGACAUGAGAAUCGGCAUCCAUUCGGGAUCAGUGCUUUGCGGAGUUUUGGGAUUAAGAAAGUGGCAGUUUGACAUUUGGUCUUCUGACGUCAGUUUGGCGAAUCAUAUGGAGUCAGGAGGAAAACCUGGGCGUGUCCACAUCUCAGAAGCUACAUAUGUUUGUCUUAAUGGAGCAUACGAUGUCGAACCAGGCAACGGGCAAGAACGUGACAGUUAUUUGAGAGAAAACAAUGUCACUACUUAUUUGAUUAAGCACUGCGAGCCUUUGUUACCUAGAAGAAGACUGGCUUCAAGACCGAGCAUUUUUUCCAAUAAGCUUUGGCCAGAAGAAGAAAUCAACAGUAACAUCAGUUCCCCGAAAACACCAAAAUCUCCUAGUUUCUAUUCGCAGCCACCUUCUAGAGAGCGAAGUGACAGUGGUAUACAGCACAGUGGUAUUGAAGAAGAAACUACGACUGAUUGGACACCAGAAAUACCUUUUGAAAAUCUUCAUAGAUCGAUAUCUGCAGAUUUAGAUGAAGCAUUAGAACCCAAAGGCAAGCAAGGAAAGUACGAAUUGAACGCUCCCAAAAAAGUUAUAGAGCAAGUGGAUGAUAUCAUAGACCAUAGCAUUGAAAUUGAAAGUAAUAAAAGAAUGAGAAGUGCCAAUGUGAAUCCAUGGACUUUGAGGUUCAUUGACAAAGACAUGGAGUGGCAAUUCAGUCAACUUAGGGAGGACAUGUUCAAAUCCAACAUGCUCUGUUGUUACAUAAUUUGGCUUUUCAUUAUUAUAACACAAUUUGUUAUCACUUUAUCUCCAUUGGUAAUCUGGCUUCUGGCAAUAGUAACAAUCCUACUUACAGCAGCCUCAGUUCUAGUAAUGGCCGAGGAAUUUCAUCAAUUUCCUCAACCUCUACAAAAAAUUUCGUCAACUCUAGUACACAACAAAAACACCAGAACUGCCUUUAUAUGCAUUUUAAUCAUUGUAAUGUCUCUGAGCAGUUCUGUUAGUCUUUUUAAAAGCUACAACGCCGAGUUUAGGAAUUCUUUACCAGUUACCACUAACAAAUCUUCUAUUGAUACUUCAACAGCAACAACGAUAUCGCCUUUGUUAUUGAAAAGCUAUCAGCCGUCGUUAUUAUUGCGAAAAUCGCCUUUGUACGUUCCAGAAAUUGAAGUUAAAAAUGUGGAACAAGAAUUAACGCUUAAUUUGACUUUAAGUGCCAAACUUAAUACAGGAAUUACAUUUAAAAAUAUAAAUUGCACUGGAGAAUGUUUGAAACAAUUCGUGGAAAAGUUGCAUAAUUUAUGGUCAAAUGAUUCAAUUGUUCAGCUUGCCAGUAGUAGCUCGAAUGACACAAUUGUAAAAUUUAGCACGAAUGGGAACAAUAAUUUAACGCAAAUUUUGAUGGGCAAAAGACGGAAGAAAAGAUCGAUGAGACAAUGUUCCGAGCCCUUAGCCAAAUGCAACUGGAAAAUGAAAAGACUUAGAAGGGAAUUAACUGAAAGUACUACCACAGAAGAAUUUCCAUUAAACAAUACCACAAUAGCUCCAUCUUGUAGCGACUGUGUUUUUUGUAAACAUCCAGAAUACAUUGUGUUCACUUGGGUGUUGUGCAUGAUAGGUUUAGCUACAGCUUUGAAGCUAUAUUACUUGGUGAAGCUGAUAUUGACGUUGCUUAUGGUCACUGUGUAUACUAUAUUGAUUAUGGUACCAUAUAGGCCGAUAUUUGCUACUAAUGCAUAUAGCUCUUCAAAUCUCAUUGUCACUCCUCUCUCAGUCCAAAUGUUAAUCCUUUUGGGUGUGUUCUUUCUAAUGGUCGCCUACCAUGCCAGAUUAGUGGAAGUAACUUCACGUUUGGAUUUUCUAUGGAAACAACAGGCCGAACGUGAACUGAUGGACAUGGAAGAAACGCGACAAAAUAAUAUGCAGCUUUUGACUAAUAUUUUACCGGAUCACGUGGCUCAGCACUAUUUGUCGAGUGACAGAAAUAGUGAGGAAUUGUUUGCUCAAUAUAGGGAAGAAGUGGGUGUGCUGUUUGCUUCUAUACCGAAUUUUGGUGAAUUUUAUUCGGAAAAAAUUAAUAAGGGGGUGGAAUGUAUCAGACUGUUGAAUGAGAUUAUUGCUGAUUUCGAUGAGCUCCUAGACGAAGACAGAUUCAGUUCCAUAGAAAAAAUAAAGACAGUCAGCGCUACAGCAACUUACAUGGCAGCAUCCGGACUAAAUCCAACCCACAAAGACUCUGACAAAAAUACGGACAGUGUAGAACAUCUUUGCGCUCUAAUCGACUAUUCCAUGUGCAUGAAAGAAAAACUGGAUGAAAUCAACAAGGAUUCGUUCAACAAUUUCGGACUACGUAUAGGCGUUUCUUGUGGGCCAUUAGUUUGCGGUGUUAUAGGUGCUAGGAAACCUGUUUUCGAUAUUUGGGGCGAUACGGUCAAUUUGGCAUCUAGAAUGGACUCGACAGGAAUUAUUGGCUAUAUACAAGUACCUAAAGAAACUGCACAAAUGUUGGGCGUAAGAGGCUACGAACUGAAAAAAAGAGGCAUAAUUGAUGUGAAAGGCAAAGGCUUGAUGGAAACCUACUUCGUUAUUGGAAGGCAAGUUUCUAGACCGCCAAAUUUCCAGAGACAACCUAGCAACUAUAGUACUUUGGCUGCUGUGGUGUACGCACUGGCACAAACUAGGAAAAAACAUACAGGGAACACGCCUGGAAGCGCAGUCUUGGGUAGAGCCAGAACACAAGGUAAAACUGACAUAACAAGAAAAAUCAUCAAUUAUAGCUCGAUGAGGAUAACGAAUAAAACUUCUGGAGGUCCAGUGAGACGCAAUACUACUAGAGGAAAUCACAAGCAAAUGCAUGCAAGAUCACAACCUAAUAUGCGUCAAUUGGGCUCUCAAAUUUUAGACAACAGGAAAUCUUUCAAGUUUAUCGACAGAGACAUAACUUCAAACACCAUUAACCGAAUGACAGUGUCCCAGUCAGCACCACAUACCCCAGUAUCGACGUCCAGUCAUUCUGAGUGUCUUCCUUUUAAAUCAGUACCGAGAUUGCUAUCUGAACCAAUAGUUAAUCGGUCCAGGAGUUCUCCCAAUACCAAUCCGAAGAAGUACCAACAAAAAGAGAUCAGAAAAAAUGGAGACAAUGGUGGUAUAAUUGAUACAGCUGAGAACAAUUUUAAAAUUAAAGCAGAAGCAAUAGUACCGGUACCAGUGCAUUCGCCAAAACAUCUUCUGAAAAGGGAGAACAAAUUUUCCCUGAAGAGUCCUUUGGGAAAACGCGAAACCAGGGUGCAAAUGGAUAGUAAUAAGGAUAAAUUAAAUAAGGUCCAUUCUCUAGAUGGGACGCACGUUUGA